GUCAUUAUCAUUUAGUUAAAUGCACCAUCAAAUAAUCAUGAAAGGCGUUAUUUAUUUUUUGCCUGUGUUAUGGGUGUCAGUGAAUUGUGCUCGAAUUUUAGGUAUCUUUCGGGUACCAUUUUUAAGUCACCAAGUUGUGUACCAACCAAUAUGGAAGGAACUGUCUUUGAAAGGCCACCAGAUAACGAUUGUUACCACACACCCUUUAAACGAGCCUGAACUAACGAAUUUAACAGAAAUAGAUGUGAGUGAGGCGGUCUCAGCAGCAUUAAAGACCACAAGCAUACCAGAAAUCAUGUCAAAAGAUGUGCCUCUCCAUUCUAAAAUUCAUAAACUCUUCCAAACGCACUACAAAAUAGCAGAAGCAGUACUUAGUCACCCAAGAUUUAUUGAAAUAUACAACACCACAAAUGUAAGCUAUGAUCUAGUACUGGCUGAAGGUACCACAUCCCCCAUCUUAUACGCAGUCGCAGCGAAGUUCAAAGUACCACUUGUGGGUAUCAAUUCUUUCGGUGCUUGGACCGGAUUGCUUUCCGCAAUGGGAACUCCACACUCGACGAGUUUGUAUUCAGAAACAUGGUCUACUUUUCGCCACCCAAUGACGUUUUCUGAAAGGCUCAGGAACACUCUGCAUUACAUUUGGACAAGAUACUACCUAAACUUUGAAGCUCUACCAAAAUGUGACCAAAUAGCUAGGAAAUACCUGGGGAAUGAUCUACCCUACAUCCAAGACAUACAGAAAAACAUGAGCUUGCUACUUCAGAUGACGAAUCCCAUUCUGUAUGAACCAAGACCGAACGUUCCAACAGUCAUUAGUAUGGAACAGAUGCAUAUAAAGCCUGUAAAACCGUUACCGAAAGACAUAAAGCAGUUCUUAGACAAAGCAAAAACAGGUGCAGUCUACUUCAGCCUUGGAUCCAACGUGAAAAGUGUUGAUAUCCCCAAGAAAUUGAGGAAAAUGCUGAUAGAGGCAUUCGCUGAAUUACCGUACAAGAUAUUAUGGAAGUUUGAAGAUGACUAUUUACCAGGAAGACCAAAAAAUGUAUUUAUUAGGAAGUGGAUGCCUCAGCAAGAUGUAUUAGCCCAUCCUAAUGUAAGGGUAUUUGUCACCCAAUGCGGACUACAAUCAGUAGAAGAGGCAAUAUCAAGACGUGUUCCAAUGGUGGGAAUACCCUUUAUAGCAGACCAAUCUAGAAACGUAAUAAGGUUAAGCGAAGAGGGGGCUGCCAUUGCACUUGAUCAUAGGACUGUUACCAAAGAGGAGUUUAAGAAUGCUAUCAUUGAGGUCAUCAACAACCCAAAGUACAGAAAAAAUGUCCGGAGGCUAGCAGAGAUAUGGGUGGACCAUCCGUUACCGUCUCUUAACAGAACGAUAUGGUGGAUAGAAUACGUCAUACGGCAUAAAGGGACAAGGCAUCUGAGAAGUCCAACUGUUGACGUAUCUUGGUUCAAGUAUUUGCUUAUAGAUGUCAUUUUAGUCCUAUUGUUCUGCAUAAGCUUAAUUCUGUUUGUUUUGUAUAAAACACUUAGAUUUAUUUUGACAAGGAUUGAUAUCGAAAAGAAACUUAAACAGAUUUAGUCAAUUGAUGUGUUCAUAAGCCAGUAUAGGUCAUAUCCUGAAAAAACGCAAUU